CUCUGUGCCGCAGGUGCCCUCUGCUGGUUGGUGGCGACGAAAAGUGCAGUUACGGGGCCUGCCUCCUCCCCUCGACCUCUCCAGCACUGGGCGGGUUCAAAACUGGUCCCAAUGUCUCCGACGCAUCAUUUCUUCCAAAGUGGGUUCCCCAGCCAACACCCUCCAUACGCACCGAAGGGGGACGGUGCAAGCAUCCAGAAUGGUGCGAUCAAUCACCGACGAGGAUCUGGGACUCCGGGUACUGUAUGAUGGGACAGGCGGCAUUUCGCAGUCCGGAGCCGGUGGUCCGGUAGACAUCGUCGCCGUGCAUGGGAUGGGCGCCCAUCCCGACGAUACGUGGUGCACGAAGAAGAUCGACGGCGAUGGUAGUCCGGUUUACGUUAACUGGCUGGAAGACCGGCGCUUUCUGCCUGCUGUAGCACCUGGCGCUCGCAUCAUGCGAUACGGCUAUAAUUCGCGAUGGUUUGGAGAAGACGCUGUGAGGACAAAGAUGUCCGAUAUUAGCCAGACAUUUCUGUUUGAGUUGAAGGAUUGUAGGAAGACGGACCAGGGUCGACCGCUUAUUCUCAUCGGACACAGCUUUGGUGGCCUCAUUCUCCUCAAGACGCUCGUGGACGCUUAUACGGAGCGGAAGCGAUGGCCGGGCAUCUACGACUCGACGGUGGGCCUGGUCUUCCUGGGCACGCCCUUCCGGGGCACUCACGACUCGCUUUCGCAGGGGGAGAUUCUCCGGCGCGCCCAGGAACUCUUCACAGGAAGUCCUGUGUACGGGGAGAAUCUAGAAAUACUUCGGGCAGGAGGAGAAUCGCUGACCGACGUGGUGGAUAUGUAUCUCCGCAUCGCCCGACAGAGCGCGAUGCCCCGGGUAGCAUGCUUCUACGAACAAGGGGCGAGCAAGGUUGGCGGUAUCCUCGGAAGGGAUCUCGAGAAUGCCACCCCACCGGUCAUCCUUGUUAACGAGACCUCGGGCAGCCUCGAUUUGAGCGAGAAGUCGGACAAAUACGCACUGUCUCGUACCCAUUUCAACAUCCAGAAGUUCGGUAGCCCACAGGAACAGGGAUUCCGGCUCCUUGGAUCGGUUGUCCAGACGAUGGUCGAGGAGAGCACGCAACUAGUCUCUACCCGGGCGAAGUGUACGUAGACUUCCGACUAUCGAGCUGCGAUUAAUUUGUUUUCUAUUUUUUCUG